ACGCGCCGGUGACCAGCCCUCCGCCGCCGUUGCUGAGCCACUGUGGCCGGGCCGCCCACUGCGAGCCUCUGCGCUACAACGUGUGCCUGGGCUCGGCGCUGCCCUACGGAGCCACCACCACGCUGCUGGCUGGGGACUCCGACUCUCAGGAGGAAGCGCACGACAAGCUCGUGCUCUGGUCGGGCCUCCGGAAUGCUCCCCGCUGCUGGGCAGUGAUCCAGCCCCUGCUAUGCGCUGUCUACAUGCCCAAGUGUGAGAAUGACCGAGUGGAGCUGCCCAGCCGCACCCUCUGCCAGGCCACCCGAGGCCCCUGUGCCAUUGUGGAGCGGGAGCGAGGAUGGCCUGACUUCCUGCGUUGCACCCCUGACCACUUUCCCGAAGGCUGCCCAAACGAGGUGCAGAACAUCAAGUUCAACAGUUCAGGCCAAUGUGAAGCGCCGUUGGUGCGGACAGACAACCCCAAGAGCUGGUAUGAGGAUGUGGAGGGCUGCGGGAUCCAGUGCCAGAACCCGCUCUACACCGAGGCCGAACACCAGGACAUGCACAGCUACAUUGCUGCCUUCGGGGCCGUCACCGGCCUCUGCACACUCUUCACACUGGCCACCUUUGUGGCUGACUGGCGGAACUCCAAUCGCUACCCUGCGGUUAUUCUCUUCUAUGUCAAUGCGUGUUUCUUCGUGGGCAGCAUUGGCUGGCUGGCCCAGUUCAUGGAUGGUGCCCGCCGGGAGAUUGUUUGCCGAGCAGAUGGCACCAUGAGAUUUGGGGAGCCCACCUCCAGCGAGACCCUGUCCUGUGUCAUCAUCUUUGUCAUCGUGUACUAUGCCCUGAUGGCUGGAGUGGUCUGGUUCGUGGUCCUCACCUAUGCCUGGCACACUUCCUUCAAAGCCCUGGGCACCACCUACCAGCCUCUCUCAGGCAAAACCUCCUACUUUCACCUGCUCACAUGGUCCCUCCCCUUUGUCCUCACUGUGGCAAUCCUCGCUGUGGCUCAGGUAGAUGGAGACUCCGUGAGUGGCAUCUGUUUUGUGGGCUACAAGAACUACCGGUACCGUGCUGGGUUUGUCCUGGCCCCAAUUGGCCUGGUGCUUAUUGUGGGAGGCUACUUCCUCAUCCGAGGAGUCAUGACUCUGUUCUCCAUCAAGAGCAACCACCCUGGACUUCUGAGUGAGAAGGCCGCCAGCAAGAUCAAUGAAACCAUGCUGCGCCUGGGCAUCUUUGGCUUCCUGGCUUUUGGCUUUGUGCUCAUCACCUUCAGCUGCCACUUCUAUGACUUCUUCAACCAGGCGGAGUGGGAGCGUAGCUUCCGGGACUAUGUGCUGUGCCAGGCUAAUGUGACCAUUGGGUUGCCUACCAAGAAGCCCAUUCCGGACUGUGAGAUCAAGAAUCGGCCCAGCCUCCUGGUGGAGAAGAUCAAUCUGUUUGCCAUGUUUGGCACUGGCAUUGCCAUGAGCACCUGGGUCUGGACCAAGGCCACACUGCUCAUCUGGAGGCGCACCUGGUGCAGGCUGACUGGACAGAGUGACGAUGAACCCAAAAGGAUCAAAAAGAGCAAGAUGAUUGCCAAGGCCUUCUCUAAGCGGCGUGAACUGCUACAGAACCCGGGCCAGGAGCUCUCCUUCAGCAUGCACACUGUCUCCCAUGAUGGACCUGUGGCGGGUUUGGCUUUUGACCUCAAUGAACCUUCUGCUGAUGUCUCCUCCGCCUGGGCCCAGCAUGUCACCAAAAUGGUGGCUCGGAGAGGAGCCAUACUGCCUCAGGAUGUGUCUGUCACCCCUGUGGCAACUCCAGUGCCACCAGAGGAACAAGCCAACCUGUGGCUGGUUGAGGCAGAGAUCUCCCCAGAGCUAGAGAAGCGCUUGGGCCGGAAGAAGAAGCGGAGGAAGAGGAAGAAGGAGGUGUGCCCCCUGGGGCCAGCUCCGGAGCUUCGCCACCCCGGCCCCGGCCCCGGCCCUGCCACCAGCGCGGUUCCUCGGCUGCCUCAGUUGCCCCGGCAGAAGUGCCUGGUAGCUGCAAAUGCUUGGGGAACAGGCGAGUCCUGCCGACAGGGAGCCUGGACUCUAGUCUCCAACCCCUUCUGUCCAGAGCCUAGUCCCCAUCAAGACCCAUUUCUCCCUAGUGCCUCAGCCCCUAGGGUCUGGGCUCAGGGACGCCUCCAGGUGCUGGGAUCCAUUCAUUCCCGCACUAACCUAAUGGAGGCCGAGCUCCUGGAUGCAGACUCGGACUUUUGACAGGGGCAGGGUGGUGAUGCUCAGGAGCUGGCCCCAGGGCAGGUCUUGGGACAGGAAAGAUGAAUGCACACUUUUCUAUGGCUCUUCUUCCUAAGAGCAAGAGCACACCUCUGUGGUCUCAUGUGACAGAGUCUAUGGGCCAAGUGCCUCCUAGAAGAAUUCUGUGUCUGGCUCAAAGCACCGGGCUGUGGGAACAAGCUGAAUAUAGCCAUUGAUAGGUCUCAUGUCAGGGGCGGGGCUCCCCUUGUCUGCCCCACCCAAUAGAGUCUGGCUGGCAGUGUCAGUGUCCAGCAGAGCUUGUACCAAGGCAGGAAUGGCAGAGGCAGGGGUGACAUUACCCAGAGUGGGCUGUGGUGGCCAGUGAAGUAACCAAGCCCACGUCUGGCAGAUGAGGGCUGGCUGCCCUUUUCUGUGCCAAUGAGUGCCCUUUUCUGGCGCUCUCAGACCAAAAGUGUUUGUUGUGUCAUUUGUCCUUUGUCUAAGUGGGGACAGAACUCUCUUCUUCCUCUUCUGGGUAGUUGUGAUGACCACUCCCAGAAGCGCUAUAACUGCUCUCAACAGGUAGCCUACCCCAAACAUAUCCUGUUUUCCUGUGCUCUCUCCUUCACAUGCACAUCUCAGUUCCACCAGACCAACUGUUUCCUGCUUAGCACCCUAAAACUGCAACACACAUACCACACACACACAACACACACACACCACACACACCACACACACCACACACACCACACACACCCACACACCACACACACACACACACACACACACACACACACACACACACACACCUUACUACUGAGCUCAGUCUCCAGGCGAGAGACUGGUUCUGCUCCAGGACUUCGAGAGACAUGUUAUUUCUUCUGUAUGUCCAUCCAGUGGGGAUGGAUCCUCUGACUUAAGGGGUUACAUUGGGAAGCUUCUGUAGCUUCAGCUAGGCAAGAAAGCUUCUUCCAACUUCUGUAUCUGCUGGGAGGGGGGACUCCCCACUUUUUUUUUUUUUUACAGUGUCUAGUCAUGUUCAUAGCACCCCACAUUCAAGAACCAGACAGCAGGAUGCCUUAGAAGCUGGCUGGGUUCCAGGUCAGGGGAUCGGUAUGAGAAGAAGAAACAAACAGUAAAUAAAAUGUUUUUGUAUAA